AUGACCAGCAAUCGGGUUCCGCUCGAUUACGUUGUGCCAUCCUUCCCAUCGCUGUAUGACCCCGUGUUUGCUGCCAGAUCCGGAGACGCCAACUACCUUUACUACACCUCCGAUAUAUGGCGCUUCACGCUUUUCUGGACGCUCCUACUGAGCGGUGGUGCACAUCUGUUGGUCGCUGGCUGUGCGAUCCUUAUGCAAUGGCGUAACUGGCGUGUUAUCUGGAUAACGCCCCUGGUCUAUGGGGUGAUUGGCGGCCUGGAAGCACUUUUGGCUGGCAGUAUAGUUGGCCUACUCCUUGGGGCUGUUUAUGAAGCAGGGAACUUUUCGAUGUCGACUUGGAUCCCCUUGGUUUGGGGUGGAAUCAACGUUCUCGUAUUGAUAUUAUCAAGCUUUCCCACACAGGGCGGUCUAUAA